AUGAGAUAUGGAGGAAGAAGAAGAAGAAGCUUUGGUCGAAGCAGGUAUGGUUCUCCACAAUACAGAGGACGUGGGUAUAAUAGAACGAAUAAUACGAAAGCGAACGGUGGCCCUCAAUCAGUUCAAGAUUCCUCACCUUAUAGAAGAACCGACUCUAGGCUCAGUGAUUUCAGUCCCAUUGUACAAGCACUCACAAGGCCUCAUAGAGAUGUGACCAUCCGUUUUUUCCCUCGCCCUGGCACUGGUUUUGGAAACAUGAUGCGAGCUUUUCGUUCACUCCUCAUUCUGUCCAUUUACGACAACUAUACAAUCUGUUUUGAUUAUGGCAACUAUUACCUGGUCAUGAACUCGUCUCUGGACAUUCUCCGUUGCAAGGUUUAUGAUUAUUCAAUCAUUUGGCGCGGAACGCGCGUCGAUGAAUGGGUGAAGGACCAGAACUGCAAUCUUCAUUUCGAUAGGAAUCGGGCGAUUUCUGGUUCCAACGAUAUGCUGAUGGAAAUGGUGAAGUGCCCCAAGAUUCGCGAUGCGUUAAUAGCAGAACACAUUCCGUGCAGGUUCGAUAAACACAGUUUGUCUCAGUACUUUGGGCGAUUUUUGUUCCAGCCCAAGCAGAGCAUCAUCGAUAUUGGCAACAAACUGCUCGAUAAAAUGACGGGAGUGCGCGUGGGACUGCAGUUGCGGUUUGGUGGGAAGAUCGCGGAAUUCCAGGAGGGCUUCAAGUUCAUAAAGGAAGAGAACAUAGGAAGGGUUGUGGACUUUAUCAACAAGAAACUGCAGUCGGUGAACAAUUACACAUUUUACUUGUCUUCGGACUCGAAGAAAGCUCCGAAACUGCUCGCACCGCUGAAUGCAAGUUUUGUGAUGGCGGACGCGUUUGAAAUUGGUCAUACGCGAGGGAAGAAUCUGAAAUUUAUGGAGAGAGCGAUCCUGGAUUUGUAUGUAUUAUCAAAAUGCGACAUCUUGUUUACAACGUGGUUCAGUACGUACGGUAAUUUUGCGAGGGAUUUGUCUGAUAGCAGAAGAAUUUAUAUGAUAAAGUAUUGCAUUGUUUGUUUGUUUGUUUGUUUGAAGCAUGUUCGGUGGCAAGUGAUUGGAAAGGAGAAACGGAGAAACAAAUGGAAACACAAUCAAGGAAUGAGGGGUCGAACCAUUAUUGAGGUGAUCAACUUCGCUGUAAUACAUUCAUUUUUGAUAAUGACUGAAUUCGUGCGUAAUAGGAGGACUGGUAAGGGUUUCGAACCUUAUAAUUUUUUUUACAUCCCUUUACAUUAUGGCUUCUGUGCUUCACCUUCGAUUUACUCCUUUGCUCCAGGUCGUGUAAACUUCAUUGGAGAGCACACUGAUUACUGUGAAGGCUUUGUGUGCCCCUUGGCCAUUCAUUUGGGAACGGCUAUCGUCGGAAAGAAGGCUCCUGGCAAUGUCUGCCGUGUCGUGUCCGCCAGCAAGGAUGGAAUCGAAGAAUUCAAGGGAGAUAGUUCUUUGGUGCGUGAUGAGAGUGGUAGCUGGAUUAACUAUGUUUCCGGUGUCGUUUAUGAAUUCAUCACUCGCUUCAAUAUCCAAGAGAUCGGCUUUGACAUGGCCAUCGUCUCCAACGUUCCUCUCGGAGGUGGUCUCAGCAGCUCUGCCUCCCUCGAGGUCGCUGUCUCCGUGUUCCUGGAGCAGCUUCUGAACCAGGCGAUCACCCCCGAAGAUCGCGCCCUUCUCUGCCAGGCGGCUGAGCACAACUUCGCUCACAUGCCCUGCGGCAUCAUGGACCAGUUCAUCUCCUCGUGCGGUGUGCGUGGCAAUCUGCUCCUCAUCGACUGCCGCGCGAACAAGGGCGAGCUGGUUCCCCUCAGCGACCCCUCCGUCUCCAUCGUGGUCUGCAACAGCAACAAAAAGCACCAGCUCUCUGGAAGCGAGUACCCCGACCGCGUGCGCCAGUGCAAGGAGGCGCUGGCCUUGCUGCAGAAGCACUUCCCCGAGGUGAAGGCGCUGCGCGACGCGACGGUGGAGCAGGUCGAGUCGAUCCGCGAGGAGAUGGACAACACGACCUAUCGCCGCGCGAUCCACGUGGUUUCGGAGUGCCAGCGCUGCCUGGACUGCAAGCAGGCGCUGGAGAAGCGCGACUACGACGCGGUGGGACGGCUGCUGCUGCAGAGCCACGCGUCGCUGCGCGAUAACUUCGAGGUGAGCACGCCGGAGCUGGAUCUGCUGGUGGAGAUCGCGAUGGGGCAGGACGGCGUGUUCGGAGCGCGCAUGACGGGCGGAGGCUUCGGCGGAUGCAUCGUGUGCUUCGUGGAGAGCGACAAGGCGGAGAAGGUGAUGAAGGCGCUGGAGAAGGAGUACAAGGAGCGGACGGGCAUUGAGUGCUCGGCGUUCGUGACGUCGCCGUCGCAGGGAGCGAGAGUGAUGACGGCGUAUGAGAAGGAGGAGGAGGAGAAUUGUGGAUGCGGAUGUGAGGGAGAGAAGGGAUGCUACAUGUGCCAGUGCUGCAAGAAGGCGAUGAAGUCGCCGUCGUUCUGGAUGGGAGCGUUGGCGGUGACCGGCGUGGUGGCUGCGGGAGCGAUCAUGCUGAUGAAGAGACGUGCGAAUUGGAAUGUUUGUUGGAACAAAGAGGAGAAGAAGAGGAAGAGGAGGAGGAGGAAGAGUUGGUAA